AUGUCGCCCGUCCCGUGGACCAAGGAGAUCAACUUCGGCAGCGCAUUGCUGCUACAUUCUUGCAUUACGGUCUUCCUGAAAGAGAUCAGCAACGGCCUUGCUAUAAUUUACCAUCUCGCAGUACGUCAGAAGGACACGGCUGGGAUCAAGAAAGCUCUUGUGCUUGACGGUUACACUUCCGUCUUCUCGCGAGAUCACGAUGGUGAGCUUGCAGAGCUAUACUUCACCAACACUGGGUUCAUUCUCUUGACCGUUUCGCUCGCCUGUGCCAUCGCAAUGAACCUACUUCUUCCAGCCACCGCGCUUAACAUCCUCAUCGCGACAACCUUCGGCUUGACAUUCAUUGCAUCGGCACUAGUGGCUUGCCGGGAGAGGAGCCUUGUGAUGCCAAUUAUGGCUUUAAGAAGAACCGGACGUUUCAUCUGGUCCGAUACGCCGCUUGUGAAUUUCUUCACGUUGAUCUAUGUCGCAGUAUACUUGAAGGGUUCGUCGUCAAAGAUCACUCUCAGGGACUACGUGAUCUUCCGAUCUAUAGCCAUACUUGAGUUGGUGUUCAUGAAGGCGAAGAUAGCGGCGGCCUCUGUGGAUAUGCAGCAGACAAUGUUCGUUCGACUUCUCAAUAGCGAGUACGUCAUGACUAGGAAUAAAGCCUCCCCGGCUCCGUUACCGGCACUACCGCUGCUCGACCGCAACCGCAUCGUCUCCUUCUCCAGCUCCCAACGACUCUCGGUAAUGCUCUAUAAGACCUCUGUCGGUCACGCCGAUGGUUCACUUUGUGGCACUUCUGGUCCUGUCACUAUCGCAGUCCCAAAUAAGGAGGGGUUCUUCAUCGAUGAGGCUGAAGACCGUGGUUGGCGCAUCUACCGCGUAUCGCCCGGCCUCCUUGUCAUCGAAGAUUGCGUCCAAAUGAUGGUCACGAAGUUGCAGGAGCGAGCACCAACGAAAGAACGACAAGGUCUGGUGUCAUCCUUCACUCGCUUCAAAGCCUGGACUCAUGGAGUGCUGUUGCGACGGUUAGGUAGACGCAGGGUAGUCUGGUUACUGAGGACGAAAGGGCAUGGACCAAAGGAAUACUAUUGGAAAGGCAAUGUCAAUCUCGUUACGGGCUUAAAAGAAAGCUGGUUACACAGUCGACAGAGGUUUCAACGCGUAGAGAACCUCGAGGAAACUAGAGGUCAGAUUAGCUAUGAAAUAGUCCGUUGA